AUGUUUGGUUGCCUGGCCGCCAUGCACAAGUCGUCCGUGGCCUUGGGACCUGUGCUCGAGCUGUUGGCCGUUGUGGCACUGGCAGUCACAGCUGCAGACUGCGGGGACCAUGAAACUGAAAGUGUGGGCUGCAUGGAGGUUGAAUUGAUCCAGUCCGCGCGAUCUCUCUUCCGCAACCCCGAGCCGGCCACAGAAGAGCAAAAUGCGCACUUCGAGAGCUUCAGGGAAGCGAUGAUGAAGGCCUCACAAGGCACGAAGGAGCUCAAGGAGCUGAGGUGGCGUGUCCUUCGAAGUUUUCCUGCGAUUCCGAUGGAGCGAGAGCUUCAAGAGAAAAAACCAAACCCUGGCUGCAGCUACAUUGGAAAGAGAUUUCCAACUUUGGUGUCACGCAACCAGUCUUUGCUGGAUGCAUAUGCCAGAUAUGCCUGCGGAGAUGGCGGAGACUACUUCGUGACGGACCCAGCCAGAAGCCUGAAUGCAGAAGUGGCACCUCUGGAGGGUGGAUGCAUUAACACAUUGCAAAGGCGUUGGAGCACGAUCAAGGUGACGUUCGCCUCGAACGCUAGCCAUGGGCAGUUCCUGCACAGGGACUGUCCGGAGAGCUGCCAGCAGGAGGAUUUCUGGCACCAGCUGCCCACACAAGUCGUGGACCAGGACAUGCUGGUGCUCCCGAACAUCCGCGAGCCCCCCGAGAUGGGGUACCAGCACUCACUCAUCGACUUCCUGCCGCAAGCUUGGACGGUGCUUGAGCUGUUGCGCAAUUCCUCCACGAAGCUGGUGGUCCACCUUCCGCUUCAGAGCCAGCUGUUGGCCAGCCUGGGCUUUCCGCCAGAGCAGAUCCUGGAAGUUCCCCUCCCGGAUGAGCGGCCUGCGAUUCUGCUGUGCGCAAAAAGCGGCCGAACCCUGCAUCUGUGGCGUGUGACCGGCUCUGGCGACUCUGAACCGCUGCCGAGCCAUCCGUACCAGGACCGUCGGGUCGACGGUGACCUUUGGCACCGGCUCAUCGAUUUCCAGGUGGGCCCGGAAAUCUCACAUGCUAUCGCACAGUACAACGGCUUCGUGGCGGAGCCCUUUGCACCGCGCCUGGUACUCUUCCUGCAGCGCUGCACCGACCGUCGCACCCUCGAGAACGAACAGGCGGCACUGGCUGCCAUCAGCAGUGCCCUGAUCAAGUCCAAUCGGACAGAGGAACUGGUGUCGAUGUGCGCAGGCCGUGUGGACUUCUUGGAGCAGGUCCGGAAGGUUCGACAGGCGCGGCUCAUCGUGGGCGCACAUGGUGGGGCCAUGGCCAACAUGGUCCUGGCACAGUCUGAUGCAGGCAUCAUCGAGCUGGUUGGCGAUGCCGCAGCCCAGGAAGGCUUGGAAGGACUUUGGCCACCAUACAAAAGCAACUUCUACGGUGGACUUGGGGCCGCCUUCCCCUUCUACCGAGUGGUUCUCUACGAGGCCGACCCACACGGCAGGCUGUGGAUUCGCCUGGACGACUUGCAGACAGCUGUCACCAACUUCCUGACACGACUCGACUAG